UCCGUUCCAUUAACGCUUGAGACUUCUCUCCCUCAGGUUUGCAUUCACCGUGUUAGAUCGUGCAGCAGCAUUCGCUUUAUAAAAUCAAAAUAUGUGUGCGUGUGUGACAAAUCCGCCCUCAAGUUUAGUCACCAUCAGCGGUUAUUCAGAACGUCUGCUGUUCCAUGGGGCCAGAUUGUCCAGUUCAAGCUUUCUGACAUCGGAGAGGGGAUUACAGAGGUGACGGUGAAAGAAUGGUAUAUAAAGGAAGGUGACAGUGUGUCUCAGUUCGACAGCAUCUGUGAAGUACAGAGCGACAAAGCCUCUGUUACUAUCACUAGUCGGUACGAUGGCAUCAUCAGAAAACUCCAUUACAGUUUGGACGAGAUCGCUUACGUUGGAAAGCCGUUAGUGGACAUUGAAAUCGAUGCUUCGAAAGGUGUGGCCCCGGAAGAAGAUGUUGUCGAAACACCUCCCAUGUCUCAUGAAGAGCACACCCAUCAAGAGAUCAAAGGUCACAAGACGUUAGCAACCCCUGCGGUUCGUCGCCUGGCCAUGGAGAACAACAUCAAACUGAGCGAGGUUGUCGGAACAGGAAAAGAUAACAGGAUCCUUAAAGAAGACAUACUCAAUUACCUGGCCAAGCAAACGGGAGCUAUUUUACCUCCGUCACCCAAGGCUGAAAUUAUCCCACCUUUGCCAAAAUCAGAGACUGUGCCGGCUGCUCCAAAGGACAAAGCACGCACAAUUCCUGUACCUGUUUCCAGACCCAUUGUUUUUUCAGGGAAAGAUAGAACUGAACCUAUAACAGGUUUUCACAAGGCAAUGGUCAAGACUAUGAGUGCAGCCCUGAAGAUACCCCACUUCGGUUACUGCGAUGAGGUUGACCUAACGCAGCUCGUCCGGCUGCGAGAGGAGCUGAAGGCUGUAGCCCAGCAGCGUGGAGUCAAGCUGUCCUUCAUGCCUUUCUUCAUCAAGGCAGCCUCUCUGGGAUUAUUGCAGUAUCCCAUCCUUAAUGCUGCUUUGGAUGAAAGCUGUCAAAACGUCACCUACAAGGCUUCGCACAACAUUGGCGUCGCUAUGGACACGGAGCAAGGUUUGAUUGUCCCAAACGUGAAGAACGUUCAGGUCUGCAGUGUGUUCGAGAUUGCUUCCGAGUUAAAUCGCCUACAGUCCUUGGGCUCUGCAGGCCAGCUGGGAACAAACGACCUCACCGGGGGCACGUUCACCCUGUCCAAUAUCGGCACGAUUGGUGGCACGUACGCCAAACCAGUGAUACUGCCCCCUGAAGUGGCCAUCGGAGCGCUCGGGAAGAUACAGGUUCUUCCUCGAUUUAAUGGAAAAGGUGAAGUAUAUAGGGCCCAGAUAAUGAAUGUGAGCUGGUCAGCUGAUCACCGCAUCAUCGACGGAGCUACGAUGGCCCGCUUUUCCAACUUGUGGAAAUCUUACUUGGAGAACCCUGCUUCCAUGCUGCUAGACCUUAAAUAACGGAAACCUCUCCGGAAUAUGCCUUUAAACUGCGGAUUAG